CGAAAGCUGAAAUUCCAGCACUCUUAACACACUUCCUCGCUUAUGUAAAUCUCCUUGAGCCCGUGGUGGCUUUACCAUAGAUCUGACCCAUUUCUCCUGGACCUUAGCUUUCUCGGCGGUCGAUGCGCCAAUCGGCCGACCGUCCCCGGCUUCCUCAGCGGUCAUUGGAUCCGCGCACGACUCUUCGGCAGCCCCCUUCCUCCGUCCAUGGUAACGUUGACGGCCCUGCCGGUAGACGAUUAUACAACACCCUCCCUGGUAGACGUGACUUCUCCUCCCUCUUCUGCUUCUUUCUUCUCCGGAGGGACUCCGACUCCUGGACUUUUGCAAAGUUGCGUUUUCAGUCUCAGCUUCCCCCUGAAUCAAAUCGUUUAUCCCAGUGGAAGAACGACAAUACUUCGGCUCUUAGUGGAACGAUCCAGUUAUCUUGUGGAACCGUUUUUUAAACAAAUGUCAUUUGAAGCUUAAAUGAAGCCGUUUUGAGGAUGUCUAAGGACGGUAAUAACAACAGGGGCCUCGAGUCGACCGUGCAGAGCUUCUACGAGGGCGGAAGCGUCCUGGUGACCGGUGCCACUGGCUUCGUGGGCAAAGCUCUGGUCGAGAAGCUCCUCAGAUCAUGUCCAGGCUUGGAGACAAUAUUCCUCCUCAUAAGGACGAAAAAGGGCGCCAGCCCUCAAGAGAGGCUUAAGGAGCUGCUACAGAAUAAGGUCUUCGACCGCGUGAGGGAUUCCGGCUGCUUGCAGAAAGUAUGCGCCGUCGCUGGAGACGUGAUGGAGCCCGGCCUGGGCCUGAGCGAAGAGGACAAGACCCGUCUCGUGACACAAGUGACUGUAGUCUUCCACUCUGCGGCCACUGUCAAAUUUAACGAGACCCUCCAUGACGCUGUCAAGCUCAACACCAUGGGCACCCAAGCGGUUAUCGACCUAUGCAAAGAAAUGCAGAAACUGCAGGCAGUGGUACACGUUUCAACAGCAUACUCAAAUGCCAAUCGCACUGAGGUCGAUGAGAAAGUAUACCCACCACCUGCAAACCCUGAUGGAAUCAUGCAGUGCGUCAAGCACUUGUCCCCGGAAUUGGUCGAAUCACUUACAACCAUGCUUCUUGCAAACAACCAUCCGAACACGUACACAAUCACCAAGGCGAUGGCCGAAUCCAUUGUAUCACAGCAGGCUGAUAUUCUACCGAUAUCCAUUGUCCGUCCUUCAAUAGUCACAGCCGCAUGGCAGGAACCUUUCCCAGGAUGGGUCGACAACAUUAGCGGGAUCACAGGAAUAAUGAUGGAAAUUGGAAGAGGCACAAUCAGGUCUAUCAUAUGCGAUGAAAAAUAUUUAGUUGACAUAAUCCCUGUAGAUAUUGUCGUCGAUUCGCUCAUUGUUGCCGCUUGGCACACUGCAAAUUUCAGGAAAGGAUCGGUACCGGUGUACAACUGUACUUCAGGCAGCCUUAACCCAAUUUACUGGCAUGAACUCGGUAAAUUGACUCUCAAGCACUCCCUCACGAUGCCGUCCAAGUACCAACAAUGGUACCCUGGGUUUUCCUUCACGACAAACAGAUUUAAACAUAAUAUAAAAGAUUUGUUUCUUCACACUUUCCCGGCAUUCAUAACGGAUGUUUAUUUAAGAAUCAAAGGCUCCAAACCAAUGAAUGCUAUGUUCAACACAAAGGCAUUCCCUGCAAAACAACCAGUCAGAGUAUCUUAUCUGCAGCUCAUGAACAAUGCUGUCUUUUGGAGCAUGCUCAAGCUGUGCCAAAGAUUCAGGAUGGCAGCAAGGACCGGAGAGUUUUUCGCCCUCCACGAGUGGCAGUUCUGCUGUAACAACCAAAAAGCACUCGACACAGACUUAAGCGUCGCUGACAAAGUUCUCUUUCACACGGACGUCGCCAAGCUCGGAUGGGAUGAGUACAUCAAAAUAUACAUGUCAGGUAUAAGGAGGUACAUUCUGAAAGAUUCACCGGACACACUAAAAUCAUCGCUGCAGAAGUUGAAUAGAUUACUCUGGUUCCAAAGAUUAGGAAAGUUGUUCUGUGUAUUCAUCCUCUACAAGCUCUUGUGGCUUAGAUGAUGGUGGCUUAAAAGCCUGGACUUAUCAAGGUUUCUAUUGAUAUUGCCAGAUAAGUGAAAAACAGGUUUUAAUUUAAUGCUGAGGACUAAAUAUAAGUAAUUGUCAAUUAUAAUUACUUCUUGCAAACGAAAAGUAAUAAAUUAUUGACUUUAUAAAUGUCAGAACUACUGCACGAGAAAAAAGAAAAACUAUUAAAAAAUUAAUCAGAAUCACACUUUUUGUUGUUGAAAAUAUUUGUUUAAAAGUGCAUUGGUUUAAGUUGUAUGUCUUUUUCAAAUUCACUUGUUUAUAACUUUAGCUCUUCUUCAAUUGUAUCUUUUUUCAUAUAGCUAAUUGGAAUGUCACAACAUUAUUUGUGUUUAAAUGUCAUUUAAAUUCACACAAAUAUUCAAUUGUGUAG